UAACAGCUAUGCAAUUCUGAAACUGUACUACUUGCUGAUUUUGGAUUUUAAUGAUGACAGCUACAUUGCUCAAAGUAUAAAAAGGCAAAACGCAAAGAUCUCAAUUAGUCUUUGCAAGCUUCGAAAUGAAUAAGUUAGUGAUCGCCGUCCUUCUAAUCGCGAUCGGGCAAGUAGCUCACAGCUACUCGCCGUACAACAAGAUCGAGAGCAACCUAGGCAGUCGACAUAACGAGGAAGACGAAGACGAUGUUGAUUUAGGACAACUCUUUAAUCCCAGAAGUGAGACCGGAACCGAGUCCGAUGAGACCGGGAAACAUAGACAAGACCGUCCUUCCUUGAGUGUUAUCUGGGGACGCAAAGGUAAACCACAACACUAUCGGCAAAAUUAUCAAGGAGUAAACGAUUAUGAACAAAUGUCCCAAUACGGACAAUACCAAGGGCAGGGCCAGGGCUCCGUGGCUUCGGAGCAGCCUUGGCAGCAACAUCAACACCAGCAGAAACAACAAUCCCAUUAUGGAAGUUAUGACUACGAUUCUAAUAACGGUCAGAGGGUCGGUGUGAAAGGCAUUGAAUCGUUUCAAGGGGAUUACCAAUACCAAGGCCAGAAUCAACACAACAUCAAUCCUCAGGAUUCCCAUUAUGGUUCCAUGACCAGAGACUUUUUGAAUGAAGGACAACAAACAUACGACAACUUAAGGAAACGUGUAUUCCACUCCGAUGAACAACAACAGGGAGGGCGGUUUGUUGUAAACCAACAAGGAAAACGCGAUAAUCAGCAAGAUUCAGAUGAAAAUGAUUCGGUCUAUAAAAAGAACUCCGUAAGAGGAUCUUACCUAUAAAGCCCUUAUUGACACUUUGCUAACUGUUAAUACAGCUUGCAUGUAAAAUAAAUGGUUCGAUUUCA